GCGCCGGAAGUGACGCGCGGUUUGUGAGCCGGGAGGCUUCCCUGUACGCAGCUGGAACGCUGUGACCGGAGCUAGGCGGGCUGGGAGGAAAUCGUUCUUAUAAGAGGGACUGAUCUACUCCAAAUGGGGGAUGAAAAAGACAGCUGGAAGGUAAAAACACUGGAUGAGAUUUUGCAAGAAAAAAAGAGGCGGAAAGAACAAGAAGAGAAAGCAGAUUCUAAACAUAGAAAUGCUGAUGACCGAGAUUCCAAGAGAGAUUCCUUGGAGGAAGGAGAGCUGAGAGAUCAGAAGAUGGAGAUCACUAUUCGGAAUUCACCUUACAGACGAGAGGACUCGAUGGAAGACAGAGGCGAGGAGGAUGAUUCACUUGCUAUUAAACCACCACAACAAGUUUCCCGGAAAGAAAAAUCCCACCACAGAAAGGAUGAGAAGAGGAAAGAGAAGCGCCGACACCGCAGCCACUCUGCCGAAGGAGCUGGAGGAAAAUAUGGUCGGGUGAAGGAGAAGGACAGAGAGCAUGAGAGGCGGAAAAGACACCGGGAAGAACAAGAUAAAGUACGCCGUGAUCGGGAGAGGCAGAAGAGAAGAGAGCUGGCCAGAGAGCAUUCCAGAAGAGAAAGGGAUCGACUGGAACAACUGGAACGAAAUAGAGAGCGUGAGAGGAAAACAAGAGAACAGCUGAAAGAACAAAGGGAGGCUAAAGAAAGAGAGAGGAGAGCAGAAGAGAGACGCAAAGAGCGAGAGGCAAGGAGAGAAGGGCCAGAAGGAUCUGCGCUUCCUCAGCGCAGGAAGCCAGGGCUCUUGCAAGAGGCUGAGAAAAUGCAGUACGAUGUACACUAUGCAGAUUCAAGAAUAACUGUAGAGUUUAGCACUCAAACAACAGCUCAUCAUAGAACCGCCAGGGAGGAGCAUGGAGACAAAUCAAAAGCCAACUAUCGCGCUCGCAGCCCCUUGCGACAGGCACGUGAUAAACUAGAAGGAGCGGAAGGAAGGAAGCAAAUGAAAGAGGAUAGACCAGAUGUGAGGGAUCUUUUGUCUGACUUACAAGACAUCAGUGACAGUGAAAGGAAAACCAGUUCUGCAGAAUCUUCUACAGGUGGCUCUGGUUCUGGAUCUGAGGAAGAAGAGGAAACCAGCUCUGAGGAGUCUGAGGAAGGAGAAGAGGAGGAUGAAGAGGAAGAAGAGGAGGAAGAGGAGGAGGAAGAAGAAGAGGAAACUGGAAGUAACUCAGAAGCAGCCUCGGAGCAUAGUGCAGAAGAGGUCAGUGAGGAGGAGAUGACUGAUGAUGAUGAAAGGGAGAAUGGAAAUCACGUACCUCUUGUGCCAGAAUCCAGGUUUGACCAUGACUCUGUUGGAAGUGAAGAGGAAGAGGAGGAAGAUGACGUCAGGGAUGCAAGUCCCCAUUCCAAUGCCCAGACAGAUGGUGACUAUGUCCCUGACUCUCCAGUUAUGUCUCCUGUGGAGCUGAAGCAAGAGCUGCCCAAAUACCUUCCAGCACUACAGGGCUGUCGCAGUGUGGAGGAAUUUCAGUGCUUGAAUCGUAUUGAAGAGGGAACGUAUGGCGUUGUGUACAGAGCAAAGGACAAGAAAACAGAUGAAAUUGUGGCUCUGAAGAGACUGAAAAUGGAAAAAGAGAAGGAAGGAUUCCCUAUAACUUCACUCCGUGAAAUCAACACUAUUUUGAAAGCCCAGCACGAGAACAUUGUCCGGGUCAGGGAAAUUGUUGUGGGGAGUAACAUGGACAAAAUCUAUAUUGUAAUGAACUAUGUGGAACAUGAUUUGAAGAGCCUCAUGGAGACCAUGAAACAGCCCUUUCUACCAGGCGAGGUGAAAACUCUAAUGAUCCAGUUGUUACGGGGAGUUCGCCAUCUGCACGAUAACUGGAUUCUUCAUAGGGAUCUCAAGACCUCCAACUUGCUGCUCAGUCAUGCUGGUAUAUUAAAGGUUGGGGACUUCGGUUUGGCUCGUGAGUAUGGCUCUCCUCUUAAACCCUACACCCCCAUUGUGGUGACCCUGUGGUACCGAGCCCCGGAGCUUUUACUUGGAGCGAAGGAAUACUCUACAGCCAUAGACCUGUGGUCAGUGGGAUGUAUUUUUGGGGAGCUGCUAACCCAGAAACCUCUCUUCCCAGGAAAAUCUGAGAUUGACCAAAUCAAUAAGAUAUUCAAGGAUUUGGGAACACCUAGUGAGAAGAUCUGGCCAGGUUACAACGAACUCCCUGCAGUCAAGAAAAUGACAUUUACAGAAUACACCUACAAUAACCUGCGGAAGAGAUUUGGAGCUCUCCUCUCCGACCAAGGAUUUGACCUCAUGAACAAGUUCCUGACUUACUGCCCGGCCAAGAGAAUUAAUUCAGAAGAUGGACUGAAGCAUGAAUAUUUCCGGGAGACCCCCCUCCCAAUCGAUCCUUCCAUGUUCCCAACAUGGCCAGCAAAGAGCGAACAGCAGAGGGUGAAACGUGGCACAAGUCCCCGUCCCCCAGAGGGUGGUCUGGGCUACAGCCAGUUGGGAGAUGAUGAUCUGAAAGACACAGGCUUUCAUUUGACCACCACCAACCAAGGAGCAUCAGCUGCUGGGCCUGGCUUUAGCCUCAAGUUUUGAUUCUGGCAAACUGUUUUUGUUUUUUUUCCUAAUGAAAGAGUUCUGGGCAGUUGUUAAACUUUUAGAACUGACGAACAAUUUACAUACUGCACCUAACUCACCACAAUGCAGACUGUUGCUUUCCAAAGCAGGGACAUAAGACUUAAGCAAGGACUUGGAGUCUUUGACUUAUUUAUUUUUCACACUUGUAUAUUUGUAGAAUUAAAAUGCAUUUUUAAUGGUAUAAUUUGUGUUUUGCUGCUUACAUUUGAUUUCUUGUUUUGUACAGUAUUAGUUGCU